UGAAUGUAUAGAUUUUCAUGAUAGUCACCAAUCUGCCAUCUCAAGACUUCAUGCUGUUCAUAUGCCAGUGUGGAUACGUGGCUCCUGUUGUAAUAUCAGUCACCCACAUUGAUGUCUUGCUAACAGUUUUACUGAACUCAGGACCCUCUUGAAGGGACAGCAGGGACCUGGCAGGAUGGCAGCCAGUGAUGUGGCUGUAGGCAUCAUCUUCCUGGCACAGACUGUGGUUGGAGCUCUGGGCAAUUCCUCUCUCCUCCAUUACCUGGUCCUUUACUUCACUGGGUGCAGGGUAAGACACACAGACUUGAUUCUUCAGCACUUGGUUGUGGCCAACUUGUUAACCCUCCUGUCUAGAGGAGUUCCCCAGACAGUGGCAGCUUUCAAUUUAGAAAUCUCCCUUGGUGAUUUUGGAUGCAAACUAUUGUUCUAUCUUCAUAGGGUGGGCAGGGCCAUGUCCAUUGUAACCAUGUGCCUUCUGAGUGUCUUCCAGGCCAUCACCAUAAGCCCCAAUGAAUCCAGGUGGGCAGGACUUAAAGUGAAAAUUCCCAAGUACGUUGGCUUUUCCAUGUACCUGAGUUGGAUCAUGUACCUGCUUAUUAAUAUUUUUAAUCUUCUUAAUGUGACUGGGAAAUGGAACAACACAACAAGGACAGACCUGAGAGAUUUUGGAUACUGUUCUGGUGUUCGUCCUGACUUAACCACAGGCUUACUGUUUGCAGCAUUGCUAACCUUCCCUGAUGUCCUGUGUGUGGGGAUCAUGCUCUGGGCCAGCAGCUCCAUGGUGCUCAUCCUGCACAGGCACAAGCAGAGAAUGCAGCACAUUCACAAGACCAGCUCCCUCAGGUCCUCCCCUGAGUCCAGAGCCACCAAAACCAUCCUCCUCCUGGCAGCCAUUUAAGAUCUAGGACACUGUGGAGAAUUCGCAUAUACCAUGGAAUUUAGAACAUCAUUAUACAGGCACAGAGCAAGGCGCCGUCCCAAAUGAGACCUGAAAAGACCUUUUGUUCACAGAUCAGGUUGACCCUCAUCUGUUAAAAUAUGGACUACAAUUAAAAAAAGACAACAAAAACCAAGUUUCUGUAAAAGAAGAAAAUAUGAUCUCCAGAUCUAGCACACUAUUUUUAUAUGUUUAUUUUUUGCUCAUUUCUGCAUCUCUGUCUUUAUCCAAUAUACUAUGUAUUUAUGUCCGUCUCUGUGUGUCUCUCUUUGUAUA